AAUCACUUUCAGUAGACAAUUUCUAUAUGUUGUGUGCUGAAGCUAAAGCAUGUCUCAAUUGUUAUACUAAAGCUGCAGAUUUUUUAUUAUGUCAAAAGAGAGUAAUAGUUGAUGAAAAUGGUAAAGUUAGAUGA